GAUACAGCAAAUUUUGUUUCCACCGUUUUUGUUGCAGUACUUUUGGCAUUUAAUUGGAUAAAAACAAGCCGCAAAGCUAGCAGAUCGCAAAACACACCAAGCACCAAAGAGGCGAAACAAAAUGGCAAUUGCCGAGCACGAUAACGUCUUCAUCUUUGUGCCAAAUCUGAUCGGCUAUGCCCGCAUCGUUCUGGCCCUGAUCGCCUUCUGGUUCAUGUCCACCAACUAUGUGAUCUCCGGCUGGUGUUAUGUAACCUCUGCCCUCCUGGACGCCGUCGAUGGACACGCCGCCCGAGCCUUUAACCAAAGCACUCGUUUUGGCGCCAUGCUGGACCAGUUGACCGAUCGCUGCGGCACCACCGGCCUUCUAGUCACCCUGGCCUACUUCUAUCCCCGGUACAUGUUCUGGUUCCAGCUGUCCAUCGCCAUCGACGUGGCCUGUCACUGGCUCUUCAUGCAGACGAGCGUUGUGGUCGGACGCAGCUCGCACAAGGUGAAUGACAACUUCAUAAUGCGAUUGUACUACCAGAAGGACAUACUCACAUUCAUGUGCUGCGUCAACGAGCUGUUCUACGUGUGCUUGUACCUCUUGAAUUUCACCUACGGCCCGCUGAUAUUCGGCGCAUCGCUCUUCAAGAUACUCGCCUUCCUCACGGGUCCCUUUGCCGUGCUCAAGGCAUUGAUCUCGGUGAUGCACGCCUACGUGGCGGGCAUCGAUCUGGCGGCCGUGGAUGUGCGCGAGCGGCAGGAGAGGCGCCAGAAGUCAGAGCCGGUGAGCGGCAAGAAAUUGGAGUAAAUAGGAUGCAGUCCAGGAUCUUCCGGCGCCACAUCUAUCAACAAAAAGUACUAAACGAGACAACUCUUGAUUCCAAGCUAAAACAGAACUUUGAAGACGAAUUGCGAUCAGAUGAAAUAUGGGCAUUAGGCAAAAUAGGCCAAAUAGGCCGUAGUAGGAUUUUGAUUAUUUUUUAAUGCGUUAUUGCAAAGAUUGUUGAUUUUAUUUGAUAUAUUUUAGUUAGACGGGUGGUGACAUCACCCGACAAUAUGUAUUUAAUAGAUUUUUUAAUUGAAAUUCAAGCGAUUCGUUCCAGUCA